AAAAGUUUCUGUACAAAUUUUGGUUAUGUAAACAAAUUCGAAAAACAAGAGAGAAUUAUUAUAUUGAUGCGAUGUGCUGCAAGCACUCACGUGUACCUAUUUAUAAUACCUUCAAUUCAGAAAUGAGUCCACGCCCUCACGAGAGUCUGGCCGCAGCUCACAUCCUGGCCGACCUGGAGCUGAGCAGCAGCACCACAACAACAACAACGUCAUCAUCGUCGUGCUAUAAUCGCAAAGUGCCAAAGGAUGGCGAUAACUGGCUCGAUGGUCAACUAACCACGGAACUGACUACGGACGCCACUCAUCAGUUUCCGGCCAAUGAGGAGCCGAAUGUGCUGGGACAUGGCCCGGACUUCGAUGACAAGUUGGCCAAAUUGAAAUGGCUGUGCAACUUCGAUGAUGCGCCAAGUCACUUGAAGUUCAAUCCUUAUAUAAGACGCGGCUAUCGCACAUUCCUGUCCAACAAGCUGUGCCUGCAAAGCAUUUUCUGGUGGACUAAUGAGACGAUCAAUAUCUGGAGUCAUCUGGCUGGCUGCAUCCUCUUCAUUGGGCUGACCAUCUUCGACUUUCAGUUUCUGCGCCAGCACGCGGAGCUGGAGGAUCAGGUGCUGGUUGUCUGCCUGCUCGUCUGCUUCUGCCUGUGCAUGCUGAUGUCGGCCAUAUACCAUAUAUUCUCCUGCAAGUCGGAGGAGCACUACGAGCUGUUUUUGUCGGUUGAUUUUCUGGGCAUUUCGCUGUCGCUGGUGGCCAUAUAUAUCAGUGGCAUGUACUAUGCCUUCUGGUGUCACACGUUUCUGCGCACCCUGUACUCGACCAUUGCGCUGGGCAUGUUCGGCCUGGCCAUUGCCGUGCAGAUACCCCAGCUGAACGUCUCGAUGAAUGGCAAGGUGGCUGUGCUGCUGCUCUGGUCUGCGUACGGCAUCCUGCCCCUGGGCCACUGGGCGGUGGCGAUGGGCGGAUUCGAGAACGAGCUGGUUGGACUGAUGGUGCCACGGAUCGUAGUCAUGUAUCUGCUCUGCUUGGUGGCCUUUGUGUUCUAUGCCGCCAAAAUACCUGAGCGCUGGCUCACCGGUAAGGUGGACUUUGUGGGCCACUCGCACAACUGGUGGCACCUUAUCAUCGUGGCCGCCUUCUACCACUGGCACAACACGGGUCUCGUCUACGCCGAAUAUCGUCUGAACAACGGCUGCAGUGCUCCGAUGCUAUCCUGAGCUCUAGCUAAUCGUCUAUUGUAAAUAGUUUAGAUGCACUAAGAUUUAACUAAUAUUUAGUUAUAGCUGUUGAGACAUAUUGUUAAUUUAUGCACGCACUCGCACACAGCAUGGUAUGUGUGUACUUAGGGUUUCCUGUUUAGUCUAUUUAAUACGCUACUCGUGAGAAUUGCGAAACUGGUUUAUUUUUAAUGGCCAUGCAAAAAUGUGAAUCUGGUUUAAAAUAUUUUAUAUACACAUACAA